CCCCGGGCGCCCCCCGGCCUGCCCCUGCCCUCACCGGGCUCCUUUUCUUUGCAGAACAUGGAUCACGGGCGAGCCUGGGGCUACCUGACCUUCAGAGGCAAAACCGAAAAAGAAGUGAGAGAGAUUGACAAAGUCAUGUACCACGACUGGCGUAUGGUGCCCAAGCAUGAGGAGGAGGCCUUCAAGAAAUUCACCCCAGUGCCAGAGGAGACCAUUCGGUACCUUCCAUACCCACCUCUGCUCCGAGCCAUGAUCCUCGCACAGUGGCAGAAAGAGGGAAAACCGAUCACAGAGGAGCCGAUGAUUGAUGUGCAGAAGUUCAAGGCCUCUCCCCUUCAGAGCGCAGAGAAAAAAGCCGCAGGGACACCAGUAUGA